AUGGAGCAAGAGGUUGGAUAUUCAAACUAUAAGGUGUUUAUCAAUUUCAGAGGCGCUGACACUCGCAAUGAUUUCAUUGGCCAUCUUUACAGAGCUUUAGAUUAUCAAGGAAUCCAUACCUUCAUUGACAGCAAAGGUCUGUGGAAAGGAGACAAAACUACGAGGCUUCUCGAUAUAAUAAAAGGCUCCAAGCUCAAGCUCUCCAUUGCUGUCUCUUCUCAACGAUACAUAGAAAGCAAAUGGUGCCUCCGGGAGCUCGCUCAGAUGCUGGAAUGUCAAGAACUCGGUCAACAAAUCAUUUUUCCCAUUUUCUUCAAGGUUGACCCAUCACAAGUUAAGAAGCAGACUGGAUUUUUUCAGAUUUCUCCUGAGACACAGCCAGAUGUAUACAACCGUUUAUCUGGAGAUUUUAGCGAGAGUUGUUUUCUUGAAGAUGUUAGAGUGCAAACCUCACAACCCAGUGAUAUAGUUUGUUUGCAAAAGAAACUUCUUUAUGAUGUCUUUCCGCAAAGAGAAUUAAACAAUUCUAGACAAGGAUCGGGUUUGAUAAAAGAAACACUCCAACAUCUGAAAGUUCUUCUCAUUUUUGAUGAUGUUGGAAAUCGUGACCAAUUAAAUGGAUUGGCGGGUGAUCUUGAUUGGUUUGGUCAUGGAAGUAGAAUAAUCAUUAUGACCAGAGAUAAGAGUGUUUUAAAUGGGAUCCCUAAAACUAAUAGAAAAAUAUAUGAGCCUCCAGAAUUGAAUCAAGAAGAAAGUCUUGAACUCCUUAGUUUGAAUGCUUUUUCAACGAACCAACCUCGUGAUGGAUUUUUGAAGCAUUCAAUUGAUAUAGUAGGCACUACAGUAGGGUUGCCCUUAGCUUUGGAGGUUUUGGGUCGUGAUUUAUACAUAGAAGAUAAAGAAGAUGAAGAAGUUAAAGAAAUAUGGGAAUCCAAGCUUCGGAUGUUAGAACAAAUCCAUGAUGAUAAAGUCUACAAUACGUUUUGA